AUGAGUAUUCUUCAAUACCCAGAUGCAGUAAGUCCAUCAAAGCUCCAGGUAUGGAACAAUGCUGCAUUCGACGAUGGAGAUUCAGAAGACCUGACCGCAACUCAAUCUUCUUGGUCGAAUUUGAAAUCUUCUUGUGUGAAUCGGUCGCUCGAAUCUGAUUGCAGCAAGGAGAAUCAGAGUCCUGUCUUGGUAAAAUCUCAUCUUCUUCUCAAAUCUUCAACACCCGUAAUGCCCCUUCACUCAAACAAUGUUAUAGGCAAUUCGCUAGAGAAGAUAGUCAAGGUUUCUCUCAAGCAGGGUUUUCUUGAACCCUUAUCAGAAUCGAGGAGUGGGAUUAUUGAAGAAGAGAAAAAUCGCGAAGAACAGAAGAUUGACAUGGAGAUCGAGGAAAUUCAGAACGAAAUCAAUCGGUUGUCAUCAAAACUUGAAGCGCUUCGACUUGAAAAGGCUGAGAGCAAAUUGAACAUGAUUGAGAAACUGGGAAGGAUAGUCCCGGUGAAAUUCCAGCUUCAAGAUUCAGCGAAAAAGAUUGACGAUUCUCUCGUAUCAAGUACAAGAACAAAGCUUCACCGCAGAGGGGUUAGUUUGGGGCCAGCAGAGAUAGCCGCUGGAGCAAGAUCUCGGUUACUGGGUAAGCACGAAAUCACCCCUGUUCAGCCAAUACAGAGUAGGCGCAAAUCUUGUUUCUGGAAGCCUCAAGAAAUCAACGAAACAAAGGUUGCAAAAGAGAGAGGAAAGAGCUUGACUUUAAGUCCAAAAUCACGAAAAACUGCAUCCAAGAUUCUGGCACAAAAACAAGCUGCUAAUACAGUUGGGUCUAAGAAGGCUGUGAAGAAAGAGGAUGGGAUUCUCGCAACAAUUCAGCCAAAGAAUCUAUUUCGAGAUGGAGAUAAAACAGCAUCAACCAAGAAACCCUUGAAAUACGGAAGGGUUGUGGCGAGCCGGUAUAGUCAGAUAUCAAAUCAGCUUAAUGGGAGUGUAACUGUGAGUGAUGAGAGAAAGAGGUCUUUGCCUGAGAAUGACAAGGAAGAUGUGCAAAGGUGUGACAGGAGACGUAUUUCUCACGGGAAUGCAGUGAUGCAGAAAACUGAUACCAGAGUGAAGAAGAGGUGGGAGAUUCCAAAUGAGUUGGUGGUGUACAAGAGUGUUGCAGAGGAUGAGGAACCUCCACAAUCAUUUUCGGCUAUGCGGCAGGAGCUGCCAAGCAUCAGGAUAGCCCGGUGUGUCAAUGAGAGUCCAAGAGAUUCAGGGCCAGCAAAAAGGGUUGCUGAAUUGGCUGGGAAGAGAUCGUACUUUGCACCUGAUGAGGAGGUGGCAGACGAUUCUGUUUGUCAGGCAUUGAAAUUUGAAUACCCAGAUGAAGAAGUCCCUUAA